AUGAGCAAUUCUCACGACAAGAACUCGCCAUCUGAGCAACCCAAAGUGGUGAUCAUUGCCGUCGGUGGACCAAGUUGCAGUGGAAAGACUACUUUAGCCAAACAUCUUCAUCGGAUCUUACCUAAUUCGAUCAUUCUUCAUCAAGAUGAUUUUGCACCACCGGCGGAGGAGAUACCUCUUCAUCCGAUCCACAACGUAAAAGAUUGGGACGACCCUAAGGGAGCGAUCGACUGGCCUCGAUUUCGCUCCUCACUCCAGUACAUCCGAAACCACGGGGGUGAAUUUCCCCCAUCUCACGCUUCCCACGAUCAUCUUAAUCUUCAGCCCGACAUACCCAUCCCUCAAGAUUUCACAGAAACUUGGCACCAGCGGUUCUCAUCGCUUUCAUCUGAAAAAAUUCGGUAUGUUAUUGCUGAUGGCUUCUUGUUGUAUUGGGAUCAGGAAUCUGUGAAGCAGUAUGACGUCAAACUGUUUGUGAGAGAAUCCUAUGCAGUCUUGAAAGAACGCAGGCGCAUUAGGAUGAGCUAUAACACAGCUGAGGGUGAGACUUGGGUAGAUCCGCCGGAGUAUUGGGAUCAAAUCGUCUGGCCAGCCUACUUGGUUGCACACGAACAUAUGUUUGUUGGCAAGGACGUUGCGAAUGGACCAGUUGAUCGAUCAAAUUGGGCAUGCGAUGGCACGAUAAUGCUCGAAGCUCAACUCAAUGCGCUCUCGACUGAUACGAUGCAAGACUUUGUCAACCAAAGCUUAGAGGCUAUCUGGGCUCACCUUCAUCCUUAGCCAUCGUUUUCGAACUUGAAUUUCUUUCUAGAUAUUCAAACUUAUUAUUUUGAUUAAUUCUUUUCCGCAUUGUAUAGAUGGUUUGUUGUUGUUGUUAGAUUGUAGGACCAAGUCAAUGAUUUUCUUAGCCUUAGGUGAUAUGUCAGAUUAAAGAUAGAUGAACUUCCUCGAAGAUGUGGUGCGGGUGUGUUGUUCACCUAUCUGGUGUAGCAGAACUUAUAUUGCGUGGCUUGUUAUUCUUCUGUUCGAAGCGGACAAAAAUUGGCUUGCAUCGCCAGCAAGCACCAUCUGUCCCCCGGUG